AUGGCGCAAAACUCUGUCUUUGAUUCGACUAUUGAUGUCGACGAGAUAAUAUCUCAGUUGACCCUCAAUGAAAAGAUUCAACUCCUUGCCGGAAAAGAUACGUUCUCAGUCAGUGAUAUUGCCCGGCUUGGUAUACCGGCCCUCAAGACUGCAGAUGGUCCCCAUGGAAUCCGUGGGACGAGGUCCUUCGAGUCCUACCCCAGUCACCUUCUCCCAAGCGCCAGCUCCAUGGGUGCGACGUUUGACCCAGAGCUCAUGGAGAAAGUGGGCAAUCUGUUAGGCGACGAGGCUCGCAACAAAGGCAUUCAUGUCUUACUCGCACCCACAGUCUGCUUGCAGAGGUCGCCACUCUUGGGUCGUGGUUUCGAAGCGUUUGGCGAAGAUCCUGUGCUCAGUGGAACCAUGGCUGCUUCGUACAUAAGAGGUCUCCAGGACCGUCGCGUCGCGGCUUGCAUCAAGCACUAUGCAGCUCAUGAUCAGUCCCCUAAGGGCAUAGAGGACAAUGAAUGGAUGUCUCAACGCACACUGCGAGAACUGCAUCUUGCCCCUUUCCAGAUUGCUUUGAAGCUCUCUAGGCCAUGGGCAAUCAUGACCGCUUAUCAGAAGAUUAACAACGUCCAUGCUAGUGAGGACCCGAUUCUAUUGAAGGAGAUACUUCGCGAAGAGUGGCAGUUCGACGGUCUUGUUAUGAGCGACUGGUGGGGUACGUACAGUACAUCCCAAGCCAUCAAUGCUGGACUUGAUCUAGAGAUGCCUGGCCCCUCUGUGUUUAGAGGUAGGGCAUUGGGCUGGGCAGUUGCAAGUCGCAAAGUCUCCGAGUUGACCAUAGAUCGAUCGGUUCGUAAUCACCUGAACUUGCUUAAGAAAGUGCAACCAAGCGAGCCUAUUCCUCCGAGCAAUCCUGGUGCAGCGAAUACACCUGAGAACCGCGCAUUGAUACGACGUCUGGCUGCAGAUGGAAUCGUGCUCUUGAAAAAUGAGAAGAACAUACUUCCCUUGAAGCUCGAGGGCAAGAAGUCAUACGGCCUAAUCGGACACCAUUGGGUAAAUCCAUCCCUAGGUGGAGGGGGGAGCGCUGAGGUCGAGCCGUACUACGUAGUCACACCCUAUGAUGCCAUGGCUGAGGUGGUUGGAAGAGAAAAUAUAACCUAUACUAUAGGUGCAUACUCUUUCAGGAAUAGUCCGUUCCUCAAGAAUCUCACCUUGCCCAAUUCCUCGGAUCCUGGCUGGCUCGUAGAGAUAUUCGGGGAAAAUCCCACUGACAACUCUGAAGCUACUCCAUUGAUGACGGUCGUUACCAAACACAACCUUAUCGACGUUCCUGAGAGUUUACAAGGAUCGCUUCCAACGCAGUUCUUUCUCCGUGCCAGGACGAAGCAUACUCCCACUACUUCCUGUCGUUUCCGCUUUGGCCUGGCGGUAGCUGGACAAGGAAAACUUUACAUCAACGGGACCGAAUCGAUUGAUCUGUGGACAAGUCAUCCCCCAAAGACAGAUGAGACGCCAAUUUUCAACCGAGUGUCCAUGCAGCGAUUUGCUGAGAUGGAUGUAAAGGCCGGCGAGCCCAUCCAGCUUGAACUCAUUUUGACCAACACCAGUCUUGGUCAUGCUGUCGGAACCGCAGCCACGCUGACUGCACGUCUCGGCGGUUUCGAGGUAUUUGACGAAGACGCUGAAAUUCGUCGAGCGGCCGAAAUUGCCAAGAACGUCGACUGCCCUAUCGUCAUGACAGGGCUGUCCAUGGAUUACGAGUAUGAAGGGUCUGACCGCAAGACUCUGCGACUUCCCAAGCGUACAGAUGAGUUGAUCGAGGCCGUCUUGAGCGCCAAUCCCAAUGCGAUUAUUGUUACCCAGUCGGGUCUUCCUAUUGAGAUGCCAUGGGUUAAUAAAGCAGCUACCCUUUUGCACGCGUGGUUUGGCGGGCAAGAGACAGGACACGGUUUAGUUGAUAUCCUGUUUGGUUCUGUCAAUCCUUCAGCAAGACUGUCUAUUACAUUUCCACGAGUUCUUCGCGAAACCCCCGCGUUCUUGACCUUUGGCAAGGCCGACCGCACGAUUGUAUACGGAGAGGGGGUUUUCAUCGGCCAUCGGUACCAGGAGAAGCUGGAGCAUGCCCCAUUAUUUUGGUUUGGACAUGGUCUCUCGUUUUCUCGCUUUGAGUAUUCGAAUCUGGUCGCUCCUACAUCCUUCGAACCGGAAAGCGUAUUUAAGAUAUCUGUGGAUGUGAGCAACUCAGGCCCGUAUGACGGGUCUGAGGUUGUGCAGGUGUACAUUAGCCCCCUCACUAGCUCGAUUCAACGACCCAACCGCGAGCUAAAAGCCUUUAAAAAGCCCAGUAUCAGCGUGGGUGCAACAGCGACGGUAGAGUUUGACUUGGACAAGUAUGCCGUCUCCUUCUGGUCGGAAGAGAGAUCGCAAUGGAAGGCAGAAGAAGGCAAAUAUGCGAUAAUUAUCGCACGGAGCUCUGAUCCCCAAGAGGAGGUAUUGCGCCAGGAAUUUGCUCUAUCAAAAACCCUUUGGUGGUCAGGCUUGUAG